UAUCAGUAUUGUGAAAACACUUGAUCAGAGAAGAAUAUCAUAUAUUGCCAACUUGAAUUGUACUGUCCUCAUAAAAUUCAUCAUAACAAAUAUGAAGUCUUCAAUCGUGUGUACGAUUUUUCUUUUUGUUUCGACGUUUGGGCAAUAUACUGCUCCAUCAAUUCAAGAAAAUAUCUCAUUACUUCGAAAUGUGAUGCCAUGCUCAUCAGAUAGUGAAUGUCAAUCAAAAGUUGGAUCGAAAUCAAAAUGCAAAUUUUACAGUUGUGUGUGUCCCCUGGACGGCCAAUGGAGAGAUUGUCCAAUGGAUGAAAAUAUAGUAUCGCAGGCCAGAAAUAACCCCGAGUCUUACAUUGGCGACCAAUGUGAAUCUGAUAAAAAUUGUAAAAUCUCCGAUUCUUUUUGCAACGAGCAAACAAAGCGAUGCGAAUGUGUAAAAGAGCACAUUCCAUCUCACGACAAAGCGGCUUGUCUGAAGGGAAUUGCUCAGCAGUUGGGAGAUAAUUGCAACGAAGAUUCAGAAUGUCAAGUUAAGUUUCCCAAUGCGACCUGUUCAGCUAAAAAAAUUUGCGAGUGCCGAGAAAAUUAUCACGCGGCUGAAAAUCACUGCUGGAAGAACAUAGGAUUGGCGGAAAAAUGCGGAGAUACACGAGAAUGCAAUCACAUUGGGGCACAUUGCAAUGAAACUAGUAAAAUAUGUGAUUGCGAGGACAAAACAGUUGUAGAUGAAAAGAGGUCGAGGUGCCUGAAUAUCGUUGGACAUAAAGGAAAAUGUCUCGAAAAUAUUCAAUGUACCCAGAGCUUGAACAACUCGCAGUGUAUUGAUGGUUUGUGUACUUGCAAUACAAACUAUCAUUAUGCUAUAAUGCAGAAGAACUGCAUUAAGAGCAAAGUUUUUGGAGAUCCAUGUCAAGUGGAUGAAGAUUGCAAUCAAAUUACGGGCGCUGAUAAUGAAAAUUCUAUAUUUUGUGGCCGUUCAAAAACUUGUGAUUGCAAAAAAGGAUAUGAACGUGCUCUAAAUGGAAAAAUGUGCUUCAAGUUUAUGCCCUCCUCUGCAAGUGGCCUAUAUCCAGCGAUUCUUGUUUUGGCGACAAUUUUUCUCUUCUUGUUGUAGCGGGAGGCGAGAAAGGAAAGAUUUUCUUCGCCUGAUAAUCUCUAAGUCCUACCCGGUUUCGUAUAAUUGGUAUUUUAUAGAUUAUUUUUAAUUAAUUUAUAUUUAUGUGAAAAGACAUCAUUGUUGUAUCUACAUAUUUAGAUUUGGAAUUGUGCUUUCAAAUCAUUAUAAAUUGUAAAAGUUUGUUAUAUAUUAAUUAUUGAGAUAAUUUGUUUUGUUCUGUUCAAUUUUACAAAUUGUUUUAUGUUAGAAUUAAUUGUAUGAUACAUAUAUUUAGAAAGUGUUAAAGCUGAUUAAAUUUGGCUAUCUAUUCUAUUUUUUAGAAUAAAGAUCAGAUGUAAAA